UAUAUAUAUUCUUCAAUUGAGAGUCUAGGGAGGAAAAAAAAUUAAAAGAGAUAGAGAAGAAUGGUUUCGAGGGUUCACAAGAGAACAGGUUUAUUUCAUAGGAACCUUCAACAUCUUCGAUCAAUCACUAAAUCCCAUGCGGUAUUUAAAACAUCAGUGAUAUUGGAUGCAUCAGAGUAUAUACGAAGUCUAAAGAAAAAGCUACAAGAAUUGGAUGAGUUAGCAGUUUGUUCUUCUUCAGUCCAAAAUUUCAUUGACCAUGGUCCCAUGCCUAUGCUUAAAGUUGAAGCACAAGAGGAGGGGUUCAUGAUAAGGGUGCUGAGUCAAAGGAAUUGCAAAGGGUUGUUGGUUUUCAUAUUGGAAGCGUUUGAAGAGCUUGGCCUUCAAGUGCUCCAGGCUAGGGUUUCUUGUGUAGAUGCCUUUUCUUUAGAAGCAAUGGGAAUCAAGGAGCACAAUGAAGGUGAUGAUGAUGAUGAUGGUCAUAUGGAUGCACAAGUAGUAGAACAAGUGAUGUCUAAAGCUAUCAAAAACUGGAGGGAACUUCCAAAGCAAUAAUGGCCUUAUCCGAUCCAAAUAAAAACAACUUUAUUUUAAUUUCUAUCUUGAUCAGUUCAGAUCAUUGUCAUCUUUAAGCCGGUUGGGUUAGAUCGGGUCCAAUGGAUCUUAUGAUCAACGUCGUCGUCGUGUGUGGGUAUAUCGUAAUAUGAUUGUUAAUUUUGGAUAUAUAUUAUCAAAUAAAAUAAUGAAUGAACUUAAACAAUGAAAUUAUUUUGAAUGCUACUCUAUUUUAUUAUAAGUAUUUCGUUAAUAGAAAAAUUAUUAUUUCAAGCAGAAAUAUUUAUUUUAAUUUAUAAAUGGUUAUUUAUAUCAAUAUUAUAAAUAAUUAAUUUCGAGUAGAGUGAAGGGUGUAACGUUAAAGGGAUAGAAGCAAGAAAUAAUA